GCAGAGAUAAACAAAAGAGAGUCAACCCCACAAGACAGUUUCAACUUCUCUCACUAUUCAUUCACAAUACCCACAUAUUUUUAAUGAAUCCAGAAAAGAAAGAGAAAGAUUCAAUUUAUCAAACCCCAAAAAAUCAUAACCAGCAAAUUCAUCAACCACCUCAGCAAACCAAUAUUGUCCUUUUUUAUGCAAUUUGUUAUUCCAUUGUGCAUGCACCCAAAGUAUCCUAACCCCCCUAUAUAAAUCCCUCUUCAAUCCCGUUUCUCCUCAGUCCCCCCACCUCCAGAGCUUCUUCUCCUCACUCCGCAGGCAAUUCCAAGUCCUACGAAGUGAGCUGAGAACACUCAAAGACCCUGAAUCAAUCAAUCUUUCCCAAUCUUUCCCAAAACACACAGAAUUAAAGAGAAUCAAUCAAUCAAUCCAACCAAAAUGCCUUCCUCUACACCCAUUGUGAUUUCCAAAUGUACCAUUUACCCAUCUCAGGCUUCCACCAUGGAAGACCUCAAAUUGUCUGUUUCCGACCUUCCAAUGCUUUCUUGCCAUUACAUCCAAAAAGGCUGCCUCUUUACCCGUCCCCCAGUUCCCAUCUCUGAUCUCAUCGCCAUCCUCAAACGCGGACUCUCUAAUACUCUCACUCACUUCCCGCCGCUUGCCGGUCGUUUGGUGACCGAUUCCAACGGUUACAUUUACAUCACUUGCAACGACGCCGGCGUUGAUUUCGUCCAUGCAAAUGCUUCUCACAUCCGCAUUCGCGAACUAUUGGGCGGGACAGAUAUACCUGCUCAGUACAAGGAGUUUUUCUGUUAUGAUGGACUGGUGAGUUUUCAGGCCCACUUUAGGCCUAUUUUGGCCGUCCAAGUCACUGAACUUGCCGAUGGAGUUUUCAUCGGGUGCUCCGUCGAUCACGCCGUUACAGAUGGAACUUCCUUCUGGAAUUUCUUCAACACCUUUGCUGAGGUUACCCGGGGAAUCAAGAAGAUUUCGAGGACUCCGGAUUUUAGCCGGGAUUCGGUUCUGGUGUCUCCGGCGGUGUUGAGGCUCCCAGCCGGUGGGCCCAAGGUGACGUUCGACGUUGACGCGCCGUUGAGGGAGAGGAUUUUCAGUUUCAGCAGGGAAUCCAUUUUGAACAUCAAGGCCAAGUUGAAUAAUCAGAAACGGGAAUUGAACGACGGGAUUAACGUCAUUGAAUUGAUGGGGAAACAGAAGAACGAUCCAAUUGCGAUGGCUGACGGCAAGGUGACCCCGUUAAACCGGCAGUUGCAGAAGAAGGCCGAAAUCUCGUCGUUCCAAGGGCUGUGUGCGUUACUGUGGCGGGGAGUGACACGUGCCAGGAAACUGCCCGACUCUAAAACGACAACGUUCCGGAUGGCAGUAAAUUGUCGCCACCGACUGGAGCCGAAGCUGGACCCACUCUACUUCGGGAACGCCAUCCAAAGCAUCCCGACGUAUGCUACCGCCGGCGACGUCUUGUCCCACGAUCUCCGGUGGUGCGCCGACCAACUGAACAAAAACGUGCUCGCCCACAGCAACGAUAUGGUGAGGAGCUACAUAGAGGAUUGGGAGCGGAACCCACGGUGUUUCCCCUUGGGGAAUUUCGACGGCGCGAUGCUCACAAUGGGAAGUUCGCCCAGAUUUCCAAUGUACGACAACGAUUUCGGGUGGGGCAGACCCAUGGCAGUUCGGAGCGGGCGCGCAAAUAAGUUUGACGGAAAAAUUUCCGCCUUCCCCGGCAGAGAAGGUAACGGUAGCGUUGAUUUGGAGGUGGUUCUGUCACCGGAGACGUUAACUGCUCUUGAAGCAGACCCGGAGUUCAUGCAAUAUGUCUCAACCUGUUAAGGACGGCUUACUCAAUCCCAUUCAGAAUUGGGAUGAAAUUAAACCAUCUUUAACUCUUUUUUUUUUUGUGUAGUUUGUGAAAUAGUACUAUCUAAUUCUACUAGUAACAUGGGUUAUAUGUGGUAUUAGUAAUUAUUCUAUGGUAAUUUAAUCUAAUUUUGGAUUGAAGACUAUGAAUUCUGUUAGACUAUGUGGUUGUUCAUCCUCUAUCACUGGAGUUGGAUUCGUAAAAUUUGUGACGAGCACAACUGAAUUGAUUUAAAACCAUUAGCAC